CUUUGCCUGACUUCAGUCUCUUCAGUGACAUCUACUAGAGUAACCUGGUCUUCGGACCUGUUAGCUCUGCAGCCAUGCAGCCCCCUCCUCGGACUGGACCCCCAGGUGCCUCUGGCCCACCUCCUUCUGGGCCCAAUAUGUUCCGCAGGACGAGGCCUCACAAGCAUCCAGCAGCGGCUACUGCCACAAUGCCACCUGCUCCUCAACCCAUGACGGACCCUUUUGCUUUUGUGAGAGCUCCUCCUCCUAUGGCUGCAGGUGGUCUCCCAACAAUACCCAACAGCAACCCUCCACCAAUGCAAGCCCCACCUAACACCAUGUACUCUCAAGCUGGCUCAGGGCUGCCUCCACAACCACAGAUGCUGGAGGAUGUCCCAGCUACUCACCCUGGUCUCCCACCAUCCUCUUUACCAGGGGUGACACUGUUUAACCCUCACAGUACAGCAUCGCCUGUUGUUUACCCAGCACCAAAUCCAACAGGAUAUGCAUCCUCAAACACUGAGCAGGGCUAUUUUAAUUCAACAGAACAGACACCAUCUAUGGCCACAGAGCCACCACCUAUGGCCUCAGCCCCGGCACCAAGUCAGAUACCUUUUAACCAGGAAUUUCAAGGACAGCCUCUUCCUCCUCAGUCCAUGCCCUUCCAGCCUGUGCCUCCCACCUCCUCCUAUUCCCAGUGGGCCCCUGAUCAUGGAAGUCGACCGCCAUCAGUUCAGAAUUAUUUCCAGCCAACGAGUGACCCUCCGCCACAGCCUUUUAAUUUACCUCCGCAGACUCAGAUGUACCCCACCCACACCCCAUCUCCACAUCACAACACCCCUACCCCUCCAACACAACCUGGACAUCACCAGAGUCAAGCCCCGCAUCCUCUUCCUCCUCCUCAGAACCCUGUAAAUGCCCCCAGUUCUCAAUGCCCUGACCCAAAUGUGCCCCAGCAACAUAAUUCCCACUUCCAAACUCAGAGCUACUUCAGUCAAAGCUCUGCCCCCCAGGACUCAUGGUUCAGUGUUCCUCCACAGGACUCAGGCUACCACCAAAUGGGGACUAGCCUGGCUCAUCCUCAGCCCCAGGCUGAGUCUGCUGAUUCUCAGCAAGCGCCGAACACUGGGCCUGGGCCUAGUUCUGCCGCCGCUCCAGUCCCAUACCCUCAGGAGUCUGGUACACUCUCAAUGUUCUUCAAAGACAAUGAUGUGGAAAAUGAAGAAACACUGGCUGGAGAGAGAAAUAAGGCAGUAAAUGGUAUUCCUGGAUCCUUUCAGCAUCACAGCACCCUGCCACCCCACAGUGGCCCAGCAGAUGUUCCUUUGGAUUACCAAGGACCUUCUCUGCAGGAUCAUUCACACCUGCCAUACAUGAAUGAUGGCAACCAUGCACCACAGGCAAGUACCCAGAAGCCCCCUGAUCCCCAGUACGAUCAUGUGGAGAAUUUGGAGUGUGUCCCGAACCAGGAAGUAUUACCCAGUGAAAUCCAUGGCAGCCCUGCUGCUGCUGCAGCAGCCCAUGUAGUAGACCAGUUUGAAACUGGGCCUAAUCUGGAGACUCCAGAUUCUAUUCCAAGACCAAUUAGAUCGGCAAGUGUGUCAUCCAACUAUAGCAAUAUGAGCCAUGGAAGUGGCAGUGGCACUCGUCGGCACCAGGGAGUGGUAGGAACCUUUAUUCAGCAGGAAAGUCCGCGUCUCACUGAAGAUCCCAACCUGUCUGCUGCCACUGGAGGUUACUUUGAGCAGAUUGACACUUCUCCAGCUGGAGAUAUGGGUGCGCAACCGAAAUCCCCGGAGCAGAUGUGGCUUCCCACACCUAGCCCUCCCAAACCAACUGGUAUCUUUCAGGCCAGUGCUAACAGCUCUUUUGAACCUGUACGCUCACAUGGAGUUGGGGUGCGCCCUGCUGAGGUUGAUAGGGCUAAAAUGGUAGCAGAAGGACGUGCAGAUUCUACACAUGGCAACCUGGAGCAGCCUCCAGAUAAUAUGGAAAAUAUUUAUGGCCCAGGACAACCCCUGCCAGCUGGGGCUGUGGGUGGUGUUCCUCAUCUGCCACACCCAGUGGUUCAUUCUCACUCUCGACCUUCAUCCCGUGCUUUUGGGGCCAGUCGGCCCUGUGAGAGCCCUGCCACUACCCUGUGGGCUCAGCAGGAUCCUACUAGCUUGGCCGCUAACAUCCUCCUUGCCCCUGCUGCCCCGACAGUUCUUGCCCCUUUACGAGAGCCCAGUGCUGAUGUCAUCCAACCUCCAGAGGAUGGACCACUGGACCUGCAGCCCUCGCAGAGGAUCCAGCCAACUGCACAGCAACACUCAGAGAACCUAGAGAACCCACCAAAGGUGAGUGAGGCAGAGCCAACUGAUCCUCAAGGCAACCUGGGCUAUGCUUCUCUCCUUGUAUCCGACUCGCUCCACCAGCCUGUUUUGAUUGCCCCGCCAGUGUCUAAUUACAGUGUGAUUCCCCCCAGUACCCCUGCUCAAGCACCCAGUCAAAGUAGCCUUAGGGAAACUACCCCUACUGUGAGAACACAUUCACAGGGACAGGGUGCCAGUACCUCCCAACCACCUUCAAUAAACUCUAAUCAGAAUCCAGUGUUUGUUCCUGGACCAGUAAGCUUCAAUUCUGCAGCCACUAACCAGGGCCCGCUCAAUCUGACCCGUAACAACACAGAAGCUGCAAAAUCAGACGUCACAGCUCCGCCGCAGUCCCAGCCAGUCCGCCCUCCUCUUUCAAGGGGCCAAUCAUUGGUUGGAGACAGCCACUCUGCUCUCCCAGUUAAUCCACCAGCUUCUCUUGUGACUGCUCCUGUCUCUAAUCAUAAUCAGCCAUCAAAUUAUGAACUGCUUGAUUUUUCUAUGCACCAAUCACAAGCCCAGAACCAAGCAUCUGGCCAUCCUUCCUCCCUACAUGAGUCUCCACAGUCUAGUAAUGGAUUUUACCUACAGGUCACCAAAGAUGCUCAGCAGGGGGUAAGAGCAACAGGGAAUGUCCCUGCCCAAACCCCAGCCUCUUCAUCUACCCCACAGGUACCACCAGCACCCGCCCAAGCAGCUGCGAACAUCCAGCCACAAUCAGCUGUAGCUCCUGCGACAGCAGGUUCUCAGGCUGCAGUGCAGGGACAAAAUGAUGCUCCUCCUGUUCCUGUAAGUGGACCACAACCCACUCGUGAUCAGUAUCCACCUCCAGCACAGGGGCCUGCUCCAGGGAGUCGUCCUCCUUCUGUUGCUGCAUACCCUCCAGGGCCUCGAGGGCCAGUACCACCGGGAGCUUCCCAACCAGCUCCUGCACAGCCACCUCGACCACCUUCCUCUGCAGGUAGCCAGCAAGGCUAUGGCCCCCUUCCUCCAGUGCCAGGACAGGUGUAUGGUGGCUAUUAUGGUAAUUAUGGAGAAUACCCAGACGGCAGAGCACCUUAUCCUCCUGGACAGUACCCACCUCCACCUGGGGAUCCCAGAGCACAGCAAUAUUAUCAAGAUGGUGCAUACAGAGGAGGCAGAGGAGAUCCUUGGUAUGGCAGAUAUGAAGGACAGGCCCCAGCGUAUCGUGAUCCAAACUACCAGUACAGAGAGCCAAACCCAGAACGACCCAGCUCCAGAGCGAGCCAGUACUCUGACAGGCCCUCAUCCAGGCAAGGCUAUCCUGAGGAUUACCACAGAGCAAACCAAAGUGCCUAUAGUGAUUAUUAUGCAGAUUACGCCAAACACUAUGAUUACGGAGGAUACAACUAUGGACAGUAUGAUCCGCGGUACAGAGGAUAUUAUGAUCAGGCCUACUGGGCUAAUUAUGAUGAGAGCUACAGAAACAGAGACAACUACUAUAAUCCACAGGCAUAUCCUGCCAGGAAAGAGGGCUAUGAUGAUCAGUGGCGGUACUAUCCUGGUUAUGAUGCCAGUUUUGAUGAUGAUUAUCGUCGACGUGGAGAAGCGUACGGUGACGAGUUUGACCGACGCAGUGUCCACAGCGAGCAGUCGGCACAUAGCGUGCACAGCUCCCACAGCCACCACAGCAGACGAAGCAGCUUCAGCUCACGAUCACAACAGAGCCAGGUAUACAGAAGCCAACCUGACUUGUCAGCAGUGUAUGACGCCACAUCCUCCACUUUGGCUGUGGACUACUCCUAUGGACAGUACACCAACCAGACUGAUGCUACGCAGAACUACGACCAGUACCUUUAUCCCUCUGAGUACACCGCAGACAGCACUUGGAUCACCCCUGAGCAACCUCCUCCUCGUCCAGCAACCCCAGAGAAGUUCUCCAUGCCCCACCGUUGUGCCCGAUUUGGACCUGGUGGUCAUCUAGUCCAAGUUCUGCCCAAUCUGCCCUCAGCUGGACAGCCUGCUCUUGUUGAUAUCUACAACAUGGAGACCAUGCUGCAGGACACUCCCGAUCAGGCAGAGCUUCGAGCUUUCCCUGGACCUCUUGUUAAGGAGGAGACCCAUAAGGUUGACGUGAUAAAGUUCUCCCAGAACAAAGCGCUGGAGUGUUCUCGUGACAACAACCUCUUGGACAGGGACUCUGCCCGCCUGCUCUGGGAAUUCAUCAUGCUGCUCUGUAGACAGAAUGGGACUGUGGUUGGCACGGACAUUGCUGACCUCUUGCUGAAGGAGCAUCGCUCUGUCUGGCUACCGGGCAAAAGUCCAAAUGAAGCUAACUUGAUUGAUUUCAACAAUGAGCCGCUGGCACGAGCAGAAGAAGAGCCGGGAGCUGGACCGCUAUCCCUCCUAUCCGAUACCUUCAUGACUGUUCCAGAGAACGUUGGGAAGGAAACCGAACGCUUCAGGGAGCUGCUACUAUUUGGCCGCAAAAAGGAUGCGCUAGAGGCAGCUAUGAAGGGAGGACUUUGGGGACAUGCUCUGCUGUUGGCCAGUAAGAUGGACAACAGGACACAUGCACGUGUCAUGACAAGGUUUGCCAACAGUUUGCCAAUCAAUGACCCUCUGCAGACAGUCUACCAGCUGAUGUCAGGGAGGAUGCCUGCAUCAGCCACUUGCUGCGGAGAGGAGAAGUGGGGUGACUGGCGCCCUCACCUGGCCAUGGUGCUGUCUAACUUCACAAACACCCUGGACCUGGACACUCGCACACUCACCACCAUGGGUGACACUCUCGCUUCCAAGGGGCUGACUGAUGCUGCACACUUCUGCUACUUGAUGGCCCAAGUUGGUCUGGGAGUUUUCACAAAGAAGAGCACCAAGAUGGUUCUGAUUGGCUCCAACCACAGUUCUCCCUUCUACCAAUUUGCGACCAAUGAAGCUAUCCAAAGGACGGAGGCCUAUGAGUAUGCUCAAUCCCUGGGCUCUCAGCCAUGCUUAUUACCCAAUUUCCAGGUGUUCAAGUUGAUCUAUGCAUGCCGCUUGGCUGAAGCAGGCCUGAGUGCUCAGGCCUUCCACUACUGUGAAGUUAUUUCUAGGAAUGUCCUCAUGCAGCCUUCGUAUUACUCUCCUGUUUUCAUAAGCCAAAUUAUACAGAUGUCAGAAAAGCUGCGAUUCUUUGAUCCUCAACUGAAGGAGAAGCCAGAGCAGGAGUUGUUCAAUGAGCCUGAAUGGCUGAUCCACCUCAGACAGCUGGAUGGACAGAUAAGGACGGGUGUGAUUACAUACAACGAAGACAGAACAACUCCUGCACAGUUUGACUGCAGCAGCCCAAGCUCUGAUUUGGACCAGCCGAGUCCACCUGAACCUUACAGCAUGCCUGUGGAGUUGGAUGGCCCCACCCCUGACAACCCACUAAUGAGCUCUUUACUGCCCGGGCCUCCACCACAGGGAGUACAACUGAUGCCUCCAGCACCCACCUCUAUACUCCAAGAUGGGAUGGCCCCUCUGCAUUUACCCUCCAACGAUGUGCCCCAGUUCUACCCAGUACCCCCCAGUGGACCACCUGGCCAGAUGCCCGUCUCAGGCUACCCUCCACAGGAUCCUAGCUUCGCUCCUCCUCCCUUCCAGCCUCAAACUGAGCAGAUAGAGAUGUACCCAGGAGCCCAUCAGCAGCCGUGCCCCCCGCCUCUUCAAGUGGGCCAGAUGUCACCACACAUGCCCCCCCCUCAGGUGCAACAUUCACCUGUACAGAUGAAUCCACCCCAGAUGCCCCAGUACAUGCCCCCUUCUCCCGGACACAUGCCACAUAUAGAGCACGUGUCCCACGCCCCACCAGAGAUGCACCCUGCUCAACCAAUAUCCUCGUCCCCACCCAGGAGCUCCUUCACACCACAGAAGGACUUGUACGACCACAUGGCUAACAUGGCUCAUGGGAGGAGAUCAAGGACUACUUCACAAUCUUCAAUGCAUAUGGCUUCAGGACGUCGCUCUCGCACCACUUCUGAAUCUUCCACUCACUCUGGCGGAAGAGAGCGGAGCAACUCGUCUGUCAAACAGGCAUCACCACCCCCACCUUCGAUUCCUGAACAGCCGCGCAAAGAAGAGGCUAAGAAUGCCAAGAAAGAAUCCAUGAGAAGAGGCGGUGGUGGUGGUGGUGGUAGUAGUAGAGUUGGUGGCUUUAUCAGAUGGAUCUCUGGGAUGUCGAAGAAUGAGGUUCACUUGCCAGAUGACAAUAAACCAACUAUUGUGUGGGAUGAACAGAAGCAGAGAUGGGUAGACUUGAACGAGCCUGAAGAGGAGAGUAAGCCCCCUCCACCACCUCCCUCUGGCUUCCCCAAGAUGCCUCAGAUGCCUGGCCCUGGAGCACCUGGAGCACCAGCCGCACCCCAGAGCGGUGGUCCUCCUGUCAACAUGUUCUCCAGGAGGGCAGGCACGAAGAGCAGAUAUGUGGAUGUUCUGAACCCCAGUAGAGUAUCUAAACCGGGCGGAUUAGCACCUGCUCCUGCAGACAUCUUUGCUCCUUUGGCACCAAUGCCAAUGCCCGCUAACCUAUUUGUGCCUAGUUCAGCGCCUGACGAUCAACAACCUCUUGAGGGCUGCGAAGGAGGAAAUCAGGAGCAGAAUUCACCAAACACCAGCGCUGCUCCACAGAUGUUCAACCCAACGUUGUUACCACCUGCCCCAGAAGGUCCUCCCGUGCCUGAUGGCUCACAGUCCGGGGAGCUCUCACGUUCUAGCUCAAUGAGUUCUUUAUCACGUGAAGUGAGUCAGCAUUUAAACCAGGUACCUCAGCUGGGCCGCAAAUGGUCCACUCUCACCCCUGCCUGCCACCCACCUAGUUCACCACAUCACUAAUAGCACGCUUCAUCAUUUGCACCUGAAGCUUCACAGCCCGUCUAACCCAGGAUGUCUGCCUGCUCACCUGCCUGCCAUCUCCAGCAUUUCUAACUGAACUCUGUAUCUGUUAUUGACAACCAAACCCAGUAAAUAAUCUACAAAUUGAAACUAAUCAGAGUUGCAGUCAUGACAAUGAAGUACCUUAUUUUAAGCCAUGAUAGCAGUGUGCCUCAGUUUAUUUUGUGAGAGAAAAAAAUAUUUUAAUUCUUUCUAUAAAACAAACAGGCCAAACACAUUCACAUCCAGAAAUAUUUGGGAAUUAGGAUCAGACUAUGACUAAAUGCAUGGAGCAUUACUUGGCAUUACUCUCUACAGCUUUUAUAGUGUAGGCUGAUGAUAGGGUAGCAUGAUAAAAUGCAUUUUGAUUGGCUUCAACAAAUUUCUGUAUCAUGAUUGGAUUGAUUAUUUCUGGCCUAUAUGAUUCAAUAGUUUUUACAUUAAUAGUUUUACACAUUUAUGGGCGUGGUUAGCAAAAGGAUACCAUUUGCCAUGACAUCUGUAUUGUUAGGAAUUGUGGGUAAAUAAGUCAGUAAAAUCUGAAGUCUGCACCCCAAGCAUAUUCUUAAAAUUGUGGAUCUGGACAGCACUCGCAGACUUCUUGGGACUGCAACAAAGUCUGAGGAAGCCAUGACAUUUUGAUUUAGCCUUUAGUGCAAAUUUCGAAAAUCUUAGCAAGCUAACAUGCUAAACUACAAUCAUCAACAGAGUAAACAUCCCCUACAUCACCACUUUGUACAUGUUACCAUGUUGAUGUUAAUAUUUACCUCAAAGCACCACUGCACCCAAGAACAGCCUCACAAAGCAGUAAGCAUGGCUGUAGAAUCUAAGAUUUGUUUAUAGUACAGCAGUAAACCAUUCACUAUCCAACCGGUAGGGCUGCUCAAUAUGAGAAAGAUAUGCCCUAACAUUGCGUCUGUGGAAACAUUCCCGGAAAAAUUGCUGUAUGUAUACUGAACAAUCAAACGAUACUGAACAGCGAGGGCUCCAUCUGAUUAGCAAGCGAUUUAACGCCAUGGUGCGUAUAACAUAAAUACAGCCUAGAGACACGUUAUUGAAUACAGUUUUACCAUCUUCAAAGUGCAAUAUCACAGGAGAGUUGGGUCAAUUUCCGGUUUUGAUGGAGCGUACGUUGUUCAAGCUUAAACUGGUUUGAUUUCAUGCCAAUUGAAUGAACCGACGUUUGUUAUUCUGACACAUUCUUGCAAAUAAAAAAAUAGCCUACAUACGUGCAGAUGUCAUAAAGGCACUAAUGUGUAUUUGUAUGUGUAUUUAUAGUGUUUUCUCACACAUGGCCUAUACUUGGACGGCCACCAAAGUAUAUCUGGCAAUCCAUUUUAGCAUAAAGAUUUUUUUUUAUUCGUCCAAGACAAAAAUGCCAUCUGUGAUGAAAUAUCUCACCUCGUCCUAUGGCACAGUCCCGGUGGUCAACACGGAGAGACGUUGAGUGAUAAUAUAACAUAAGAGGACGCAGACAUGGUGGAAUGUAAUAUUGUUUCUUUUAGACUGGACCAACGGAGCCACUAGUGUCUGAGCAUGCAUAAUUUACUUCUUCUGUUUAUUGGCAUUUGGCAAACCAGCUUAGAGUUGCAUUACCACCUCGAUACGGACUGGAGUUGAUAGACUCAAAUCAAAACAACUACUGAGUCAAGUGUGACACCUAGUGGUAAAAUUUGGUGUCCGGUGUUAGGCUUAAUGUCUAAACCCUAUGAAAAUAUUUACACCUGCCCAACCUUAUAUUGCUAUCUUUUAUGAUGUGUUUAUCACACAAAUUUCAAUGAAGAUUAAAAAAAGCUACAUAUUGUGCAGCCCUAGACGCCUGGUGACUUUGAGCCAUAGAUCAGAGUGAAACAUGCUGGAGAUUAGCAGGGCAACUCCCUUGCUUGUUAUGGGAACACACCGCUUCAAUAACCCGUCAUAAAGCUUGCAUGGUUACUAAAAUAAGUGAAAAAGUGGUUUGUGAUGCCUCACUGUGGAUCCCGGACCUGUUCGCCAUUUUCACUUUUCCUUGGCUUCUGUUUUAUAAUGUUGUCAAACCAUUGUGUGGCACUGGGAGUGCAUCUCCCUCUCCUCCUCUGCCCAUAGACGUGACGGGAUAAUAACACAGCACACAUUGUUAGUAACACACUGUUCUUU